AUGGAACUCAACCGAGAAGAUUUUCGCGCCAUAAUUUGUUACAACUUUCAGAGACAAUUAUCGCAACAAGAAUGCCUUGCUGAGUUACUGUCUGUUUUCGGCAACGAAGCGCCACAUCAGUCGACAAUUUCCCGUUGGUAUGGAGAAUUCAAACGUGGGCGGGUGAGUCUUAGCGACGAAUCCAGGGUAGGUGCACCAAAAACGGCAGUCACCCAGGAAAACGUCGAUGCUGUACGGAAACUCAUCAUUGAAGAUAGACAUGUGACAUAUCGCAAGAUUGAGGCGUCAUUCAUGGUCGCGACAUUGCAAAGAACUGUUACUGCGGAUUGGUAUACCACCAUUUGUUUGCCAAAAGUCAUCACCGAACUUCGAAAAAUCGACCCCAAAAGAAGAAUCAUCCUCCACCAAGAUAAUGCAAGCUCGCACACAGCCCAAAUAACAAGGCAGUAUUUAAUGAAAGAAAACGUGGAAUUAUUGGACCAUCCUCCAUAUAGUCCCGAUCUAAGUCCUAACGAUUCCUUUAAUUUCCCGAAAAUUAAAAACAGACUGCGUGGUAAAAGGUUCCAGUCAUCAGAAGAAGCAGUUGACGCAUUCAAAAAUGCCGUUUUGGAUCAGCCAGCAAACGAAUGGAAUAAGUGCUUCGAAAAUUUUUUAGACAAUACAUUUAGUAACCUCAAUAUUAAAAAACGAAUCCUAUGGUGCAGACAACGGUCACUCUGGGAUCAGGAAUGGAACAGUAUUGUCUUUAGUGACGAGUCUCGAUUUUGUUUAGGCAUGCACGAUGGUCGUGCCAGAGUUAGAAGGCGACGUGGUGAAAGGAGAAAUCCACAGUUUUUUAUUGAAAGACAUGUUCAUCACACUGUUGGAGUUAUGGUUUGGGGUGCUAUAGCUUAUGGUUCCAGGUCACCUUUAAUCUUCAUCAGAGAUAACAUGAACGCGCAGCGUUAUAUCCACGAAGUUCUAGAACCCCAUCUUUUACCCUAUCUUGACACCCUGGCACAUCCAACUUUCCAACAAGAUAAUGCCCGACCACAUGUUGCAAGAGUCACAAUAGACUUCUUUCAACAUAAUGAUGUCACAUUGUUACUAUGGCCACCAAGAUCUCCCGACUUAUCCCUAAUUGAGCACGUAUUGCUCAAUUUGCAACGUCCUCCUCAGACUCUAGAAGCACUUCGAGAGGAGUUGGUGGUUGCCUGGAAUGAGAUACCACAGGAGGACAUUGACCACCUGAUCAGAAGCAUGCCUAGGCGCGUUGGAGAAUGUGUAGCACAUCAGGGUGCAUCCACACAUUAUUAA